AUGUCAUUAAAUCAUUUGAACACAUUAGCAACAUUCAGUGGUAAACACAACGAAGACGCUGUUCAAUGGCUGAAAGACAUUAUAGCUGGAUUGAAUUAUACUGAACUUACUGAUGAUCAAAAAGUAACGAUUAUAUCGGGGUAUCUAAACGGUGAUGCGAGAAGAUGGCUCCUCGAAAAUUUGUUCGUAUUGGAUUCAUGGCCAACAUUUAUUCAAGAAUUCAAAAAAGUGUUUGCGUCAACAUUACUGACGAAAGAUGUUGUAUCUCAAAUAAACCAGUGUGUGCACGUCUUGGACGAAACGAUGAUGUUUUAUGAUAAUGGCAUUAAAGAGAGACACAAAUGUGAAUUAUUGAAAGAAAAUGAAGUAAAUUUUGAUUAUUCUCACGCUACAUUAGUUGAAUUUAAUAAUAUUGUCUUGCUCAAUACGUGCAUUGUGGAUAGUGGUGAAAACAAUUGUGAUAUGUUUUGGCCUGAUGGAUGCGAAUCAUGGUUCAUUCAUGAUGAAUUACCGCAGCGAUGUCAAUUUAUUCAAUCCAAGCAACAAAAACUACCCUUUAACUCAACUUCAAAUAUUGAUGAUAAUUUUUCUCAAGAAAAUUUAUCGAAUUCUAUCAAUGUCUCAUCAUCAAUAGUUCAACAAAUGUCAAGCUCGAUUACUGAUCUUUAUUCUGAAUUCUGUCACAGCGAUGCUAUAAUAUUUUCGUUAAGACCAACUCAAAUUUUUUUAAACGAGCAAUUUAACUCAAAUAUUCUUCCAUCAGUUUCAUCUGAUAUAAUUCUACUCAGUUUUCUAGUUGUUAGUAUCGUAUUUGACAAUCUUGCUUCUUGUUUAACAUUUUAUAAUGAUACUACGACUAGAUAUUUAGCUAAUAAUAUGAUAUUUCAUCACAUGAAUCACUUUGAAUGGUUUCGAGCUUUAGCUGUACCUUAG